AUGGGGAAGAUCACCUUCUACGAGGACCGCGGCUUCCAGGGCCGCUGCUACGAGUGCAGCAGCGACUGCCCCAACCUGCAGCCCUACUUCAGCCGCUGCAACUCGGUGCGCGUGGACAGCGGCUGCUGGAUGCUCUAUGAGCGCCCCAACUACCAGGGCCACCAGUACUUCCUGCGGCGCGGGGACUACCCGGACUACCAGCAGUGGCUGGGCUUCAGCGACUCCAUCCGCUCUUGCUGUCUCAUCCCCCAGCAGGCAAGCUCCCACAGGCUGCGGCUGUAUGAGAGAGAGGACCACAAAGGCCUCAUGACGGAGUUGAGCGAGGACUGCUCCUGCAUCCAGGACCGCUUCCGCCUGAGUGAGGUCCGCUCCCUCCACGUGCUGGAGGGCUGCUGGAUCCUCUACGAGCUUCCCAACUACCAGGGGCGUCAGUACCUGCUGAGGCCCCAAGAAUACAGGCGCUACCACGACUGGGGGGCCAUGGAUGCUAAGGCAGGCUCUUUGCGGAGGGCGGUGGAUUUAUACUGA